GAAAUACGGCAUCAUGUUUAAGCUCAACACCGUCGUCAACAUUCACAACUGGGACGAGGACAUGACGGAGCAGAUUGCGGAGCUGGCCCCGUUCCGCUGGAAGACCCGCGUGCGGGACGCUAGGAAGUUCCUUAUCUCCGAGGAGCAGUGGAAGACGUUCUGCGACAGGCAUAAACAUCUGCCGUGCUAUGUGCCAGAAGACAACCAGACCAUGGCCGGCAGCUAUCUACUCUUGGACGAGCGUUUGCGCUUCCUCGACAAGGGUGACGGGCCGAUGAAGAAGAGCGAUUCCCUGCUCGAUGUUGGGGUGAAAAAGGCUAUGCAGCAAGUUGCGUGGGACAAGGGAGCCUUUGACAAGAGAGGAGGGGUUUAUGAGUGGCGGAAACCACAGACUGUUGGCGACAACGGGGGCUGUAGUGGUGGUAAUAAGAAGGAGCUGGAGUGGUAGGCCAC